AUGGACUCUGCAGGCUCUGCCGAGUCGUGGGAGCAGUUCCAUGGAUCACAAGAGCUGGUGAGAUCAGGGCACUCGUCACGGGCUCACUCGCUUGACUCGCAUCGGGUGCGGCGGGUCAAGGCACGGCGGCAUCCACAGGUGACAGUCAUCGGCGGUAUCACGGCCAUCGGCAUCGGCAUCGGCACAGUGGUCAUCACAGUGGUCAUCACAGCGGUCAUCACAGCGGUCAUCACAGCGGUGGCGGUGGCGGCCGUCGCCAUCAUGGCCAUCGCCAUCAUCAUCACCAUCGUCGCCACCACCACCAGCAUUCCCGGCGGCACUUGCAUGGCCACCGGCACCACCUGCAUGGUAGUGCUGGCAGGCAUCGGCGGCGGGUGCGACGGAAAUGGCCAUGGUCAUGGCGUGGGCGGGGCCGAGGAUGAGACAAUGUUGCUUAUUCCUGUGAUGGACGGCGCUGGUUCUGCGGACAAGUCGCAGUGGGCGUUUGUGCCUCAUGCAGGCUCAGUAUCGCAAGAUGAGCUCGACGCAAUCGCCACCAAAGAGCGCGAUGCGUGGCGCUACAGGACGCAAAAGCCACGGGGGAGCGAUGCUGGAGUCGCGGAGACUCGCAUGCUCGAUCCUGCGUACACCGAAUCGGGCGAGGAGACAAGGAGCGACAGCAGCGUGUACGAGUACGAGUCGUACGAGUACGGGUCGGACAAGAGCAAGUCAGACGAAUUCGGGUCGGAUGAGUACGGAUCUCUGCAGUCUCUCUCUUCGAUCACCGUCUCAUCCGAGUACAUGGCGGACAAAGUACCCGAGGUUGCUGUGGCCAAAGGAGACGAAGCAAUCGCAGCAGCUCUCAUGGAGACAACGUCGUCAUCAGAGUCGACAGCGUCACCACUGUCGACAGGAUCUGUGUAUGCCACGGACAACGUGCCGCACCAAACGCAGGUGCUUUCGGACGAGUCGUCCGAAACAAGCAGCACGCGACCAGAGGAAGCGCUCCGCGAGCAGGUGAGGCAGAUGGCCAAGUCGUUUGACUCGAUGGCGCGGCGGGUGGCCGAGAAGCUUGCUGACGAACAGGACGCCGUGGACGAGGCGCUCGACGACAUGGAGGCGCGAGUUGCUGGGCUCGAGGAUGCUGCGGACCGACUCGAGGGCGCCUCUGACGGCGAGGUCUCGUAUGUCGAGGAUGUGUCGCGAUACGUGCCCGAAAAUGUGGCGUAUCGCAUUCCUGCCGACGAGGCGUCAGACUCGCGGUACGUAGUUCAUGCUCGUGUCCCGGGCACGACGUAUGACGAGACUUCCGCGUACCCGGCAGGUGACUUUGGGUCGCGAUCUCCAGCACAAACGCUUUCUGGUGGCACUGAGACGUUGCCGUCGUCGUCAUCGUACGGGGGUACGGACGCGCUACCGUUCAACGGUCCCUUGGGCGGUAGCGAGUCUAAGCCACCGUUGUCGUACAGCGGCGAGGCUGCUGGGUACGAGGCACGGGCUGCGCCGUCGACUGUGUCAGCGCCAUCAUCGUACAGCGGCGAGGCUGCUGGGUACGCGCCUGGGAGUGAGCCGUCCAAGGCUGCGCCAUCAUCGUACAGCGGCGAUGCUACUGGGUACAAGGCACGAGCUGCGCGAUCGACUGUGUCUCCGCCAUCAUCGUACAGCGGCGAGGCUGCUGGGUACGCGCCUGGGAGCGAGCCGUCCGAGGCUGCGCCAUCAUCGUACAGCGGCGAAGCUGCUGGGUACGCGCCUGGGAGUGAGCCGUCCGAGGCUGCGCCAUCGUCGUACAGCGGCGAAGCUGCUGGGUACAAGGCACGAGCUGCGCCGUCCGAGGCUGCGCCAUCGUCGUACAGCGGCGAGGCUGCUGGGUAUGCGCCUGGGAGCGAGCCUUCCGAGGCUGCACCAUCGUCGUACAGCGGCGAAGCUGCUGGGUACAAGGCACGGACUGCGCCAUCGACUGUGUCUGCGCCAUCAUCGUACAGCGGCGAGGCUGCUGGGUACGCGCCUGGGAGUGAGCCGUCCGAGGCUGCGCCAUCGUCGUACAGCGGCGAGGCUGCUGGGUACAAGACACGAGCUGCGCCGUCGACUGUGUCUGCACCAUCAUCGUACAGCGGCGAGGCUGCUGGGUACGCGCCUGGGAGUGAGCCGUCCGAGGCUGCGCCAUCAUCGUACAGCGGCGAGGCUACUGGGUACAAAGCACGGGCUGCACCGUCGACUGUGUCUCCGCCAUCAUCGUACAGCGGCGAAGCUGCUGGGUACGCGCCUGGGAGUGAGCCGUCCGAGGCAACGCCAUCAUCGUACAGCGGCGAGGCUGCUGGGUACGCGCCUGGGAGCGAGCCGUCCGAGGCUGCGCCAUCAUCGUACAGCGACGAGGCUGCUGGGUACAAGGCACGAGCUGCGCCAUCGACUGUGUCAGCGCCAUCAUCGUACAGCGGCGAAGCUGCUGGGUACGCGCCUGGGAGCGAGCCGUCCGAGGCUGCGCCAUCGUCGUACAGCGGCGAGGCUGCUGGGUACAAGACACGAGCUGCGCCGUCGACUGUGUCAGCGCCAUCAUCGUACAGCGGCGAUGCUACUGGGUUCACAUGCAGGCAUGGCGCCACUGAGGCGUUGUCGCCAUCGCACAGCGGCGAUUACGAGGAUACUAUCUCCUCUUCUAUCCAAUACGGCACCGACGCUGUGGUUUACAGGAGGUCGCUGCCGCCACCGUGUAGCGUUCAAGACAACGGUCAGGGUUUCAAGUCUGCGACACAUGCCGUAUCGUCUGAGUAUGACGCGUCAUACUCCAUCAAGUACCGAGCACCUGACACCUCGUCUUAUGAUGCAUCAGCCAGGGUGCUGUACCGCGCACCUGGUAGUACGGAGUCGAUGUAUGAAGCGUCCUACAACGUCAUCUACCGCUCUGCAGUUGGUAAUUCUGGCCGGCAUCCAACGCUGUCAUCCCUAACGGGCGAGGCUGCUGGGUACGCACCCGGCAACGAGCCGUCCGAGGAUGCACCGUCAUCGUACAGCGGCGAGGCUGCUGGGUACGAGGCACGCGCUGCGCCGUCGACUGUGUCAGCGCCAUCAUCGUACAGCGGCGAGGCUGCUGGGUACGCGCCUGGGAGUGAGCCGUCCGAGGCUGCGCCAUCGUCGUACAGCGGCGAGGUUGCUGGGUACAAGGCACGAGCUGCGCCAUCGACUGUGUCAGCGCCAUCAUCGUACAGCGGCGAAGCUGCUGGGUACAAGGCCCGGACUGCGCCAUCGACUGUGUCAGCGCCAUCAUCGUACAGCGGCGAGGCUGCUGGGUACGCGCCUGGGAGUGAGCCGUCCGAGGCUGCGCCAUCGUCGUACAGCGGCGAGGCUGCUGGGUACAAGGCACGAGCUGCGCCAUCGACUGUGUCUGCGCCAUCAUCGUACAGCGGCGAAGCUGCUGGGUACGCGCCUGGGAGUGAGCCGUCCGAGGCUGCGCCAUCAUCGUACAGUGGCGAGGCUGCUGGGUACGCGCCUGGGAGCGAGCCGUCCGAGGCUGCGCCAUCAUCGUACAGCGGCGAGGCUGCUGGGUACAAGGCACGAGCUGCACCGUCGACUGUGUCUCCGCCAUCGUCGUACAGCGGCGAGGCUGCUGGGUACGCGCCUGGGAGCGAGCCGUCCGAGGCUGCGCCAUCAUCGUACAGCGGCGAGGCUACUGGGUACAAAGCACGGGCUGCACCGUCGACUGUGUCUGCGCCAUCAUCGUACAGCGGCGAUGCUGUUGGGUACGCGCCUGGGAGUGAGCCGUCCGAGGCUGCGCCAUCAUCGUACAGCGGCGAGGCUGCUGGGUACGCGCCUGGGAGCGAGCCGUCCGAGGCUGCGCUAUCAUCGUACAGCGGCGAGGCUGCUGGGUACGCGCCUGGGAGCGAGCCGUCCGAGGCUGCGCUAUCAUCGUACAGCGGCGAGGCUGCUGGGUACGAGGCACGAGCUGCACCGUCGACUGUGUCUCCGCCAUCGUCGUACAGCGGCGAGGCUGCUGGGUACGCGCCUGGGAGCGAGCCGUCCGAGGCUGCGCCAUCAUCGUACAGCGGCGAGGCUACUGGGUACAAAGCACGGGCUGCACCGUCGACUGUGUCUGCGCCAUCAUCGUACAGCGGCGAUGCUGUUGGGUACGCGCCUGGGAGUGAGCCGUCCGAGGCUGCGCCAUCAUCGUACAGCGGCGAGGCUGCUGGGUACGCGCCUGGGAGCGAGCCGUCCGAGGCUGCGCUAUCAUCGUACAGCGGCGAGGCUGCUGGGUACGAGGCACGGGCUGCGCCGUCGACUGUGUCUGCGCCAUCAUCGUACAGCGGCGAGGCUGCUGGGUACGCGCCUGGGAGCGAGCCGUCCGAGGCAACGCCAUCAUCGUACAGCGGCGAGGCUGCUGGGUACAAGGCCCGGACUGCGCCAUCGACUGUGUCAGCGCCAUCAUCGUACAGCGGCGAGGCUGCUGGGUAUGCGCCUGGGAGCGAGCCGUCCGAGGCUGCGCCAUCAUCGUACAGCGGCGAAGCUGCUGGGUACAAGGCCCGGACUGCGCCAUCGACUGUGUCAGCGCCAUCAUCGUACAGCGGCGAGGCUACUGGGUACAAGGCACGAGCUGCGCGAUCGACUGUGUCUGCGCCAUCAUCGUACAGCGGCGAUGCUACUGGGUACAAAGAACGGGCUGUACCGUCGACUGUGUCUGCGCCAUCAUCGUACAGCGGCGAGGCUGCUGGGUACAAGGCACGGACUGCACCGUCGACUGUGUCAGCGCCAUCAUCGUACAGCGGCGAAGCUGCUGGGUACAAGGCCCGGACUGCGCCAUCGACUGUGUCAGCGCCAUCAUCGUACAGCGGCGAGGCUGCUGGGUACGCGCCUGGGAGUGAGCCGUCCGAGGCUGCGCCAUCGUCGUACAGCGGCGAAGCUGCUGGGUACAAGGCACGGACUGCGCCAUCGACUGUGUCUGCGCCAUCAUCGUACAGCGGCGAGGCUGCUGGGUACGCGCCUGGGAGUGAGCCGUCCGAGGCUGCGCCAUCGUCGUACAGCGGCGAGGCUGCUGGGUACAAGGCACGGACUGCGCCGUCCGAGGCUGCACCAUCGUCGUACAGCGGCGAGGCUGCUGGGUACGCGCCUGGGAGCGAGCCGUCCGAGGCUGCGCCAUCAUCGUACAGCGGCGAGGCUGCUGGGUACAAGGCCCGGACUGCGCCAUCGACUGUGUCAGCGCCAUCAUCGUACAGCGGCGAGGCUGCUGGGUAUGCGCCUGGGAGCGAGCCGUCCGAGGCUGCGCCAUCAUCGUACAGCGGCGAAGCUGCUGGGUACGCGCCUGGGAGUGAGCCGUCCGAGGCUGCGCCAUCAUCGUACAGCGGCGAAGCUGCUGGGUACGCGCCUGGGAGUGAGCCGUCCGAGGCUGCGCCAUCAUCGUACAGCGGCGAGGCUGCUCGGUACAAGGCACGAGCUGCGCCGUCCAAGGCUGCGCCAUCGUCGUACAGCGGCGAGGCUGCUGGGUACGCGCCUGGGAGUGAGCCGUCCGAGGCUGCGCCAUCGUCGUACAGCGGCGAGGCUGCUGGGUACAAGGCACGGACUGCGCCAUCGACUGUGUCAGCGCCAUCAUCGUACAGCGGCGAUGCUACUGGGUACAAAGAACGGGCUGUACCGUCGACUGUGUCUGCGCCAUCAUCGUACAGCGGCGAGGCUGCUGGGUACGCGCCUGGGAGCGAGCCGUCCGAGACUGCGCCAUCAUCGUACAGCGGCGAAGCUGCUGGGUACAAGGCACGGACUGCGCCAUCGACUGUGUCAGCGCCAUCAUCGUACAGCGGCGAGGCUGCUGGGUACGCGCCUGGGAGUGAGCCGUCCGAGGCUGCGCCAUCGUCGUACAGCGGCGAGGCUGCUGGGUACAAGACACGAGCUGCGCCGUCGACUGUGUCAGCGCCAUCGUCGUACAGCGGCGAGGCUGCUGUGUUUGAUCAUGUCGACAGACUUGCUUCCAAGACCGUGGCGUCGUCAUACAGUGGUGAAGCUUUUGAGUUUUUCAAACCGAGCGAGUCAUCUGAGGUCAUGACUCCUCUGUCGUCGUAUUCGGGCGACCAAGCUGGUUUCGUGGCCAAGCCGACUGUGCCGGAGUUGUCGGCCCCAUCAUCGCACCUGACCGACAGGGCAGAUUUUACCAAGCCAAGUGAGCCACCUGAAGACAUCAUCGAGCCGUCAUCGUACUCAGGCGAGUAUGCACGCUUCCACGCGAAGCCUGUGUCAGAGUCACACUCGCUGACUUCUACAUCAGCUGAAACAUACAGCAGCUCGUCAUCGCGCAUAACUCAUGAGAGCGACAUGCUCAACUACCUUGACCUGAUUGACCAACAUAUCCGUGGCCUACAGACGUCGAUGCAGACCGCUUCUGUCGCUGUCACGGACAAAGUCGGCUCAUUGACCGAUCGCAUGGAUGGGGCCGAGAAUCAUCUCCGACUCGACAUGCGAACGGAUGGUAUGGCCACCGUGGCUGGUCAUCCUGUGGACGAGCUCCUUGGCACGCAGCAAAUGCUCUCCGACGAUAUGUACGGAACCGAGUAUGCAAUUGCCGGCGCAAGCUUUGCCAAGCGGAAGGCUCGCAAGCACGGCGUCGUCGACUAUCUGGCUGGCGUGAAGGUCAAGGUGGACAGACUUGCCAAAGGCAUGGAGGAGGUGUUUGACGACAACAUCAAGCUCGUGGCGGCUCUCGAGGACAACGUGGAUGACCUUGAGGAUAUGAAGGCUGACGCGGAGGCGCUUGCGGCAGCGGAGGCCGAGGCUUCGAUUGCGUUAGCACUCCAAGCAGCGCAGGAGCGACUUGCAGCGAAGUCCAGCAGCUACGACACAGAUGCUACCGGAUUCCAGGCGAAGGACAUGGGGUCAGGUGCAUCGUCGUCGUACUCUGGCGACUAUGCCGGUUUCCAGGCCAAGACAGCGGCAUCGACCAUGUCGGCACCAUCGUCAUACUCGACCGACCAGGCUGGGUUUGCCAAGCCGAGCGAGUCGUCUGAGGCUGCCAUUGAGCCGUCGUCAUACUCGACCGACCAGGCUGGAUUUGUGCCGAUGAGCGCCAGCUCCGCUGCACCGUCGUCGUACUCAGGCGACUACGCCGGUUUCCAGGCCAAGACAGCGGUAUCGACAGUGUCGGCGCCGUCGUCGUACUCGGUGGAUCACACUGCAACUACGGGCGUGGAGCUCCAUGAGGUCUCGACCACUUCGUAUUCCGGCACGGACGCAGUAGUGUUUAAGAACCCUGUUGUGACACCAAUGGGCAUGUCGUCAUUCUACUCGGCGGACCGGAGUAAGCUCUUCAAACCAAGCGCGUCGUCUGAAGCUGCCGUGUCGUCGUCGUACUCGACCGACCAGGCUGGGUCUGUGCCGAAGAGCACCAGCUCCGCCGCACCGUCGUCGUACUCAGGCGACUACGCCGGUUUCCAGGCCAAAACAGCGGCAUCGACCAUGUCGGCACCAUCGUCGUACUCGACCGACCAGGCUGGGUUCGCCAAGCCGAGCGAGUCGUCUGAGGCUGCCAUUGAGCCGUCGUCAUACUCGACCGACCAGGCUGGAUUUGUGCCGAUGAGCGCCAGCUCCGCUGCACCGUCGUCGUACUCAGGCGACUACGCCGGUUUCCAGGCCAAAACGACGGCAUCGACAGUGUCGGCGUCGUCGUCAUACUCGACCGACCAGGCUGGGUUCGCCAAGCCGAGCGAGGCGUCCGAGGCUGCCGUGCCAUCGUCGUACUCGACCGAACAGGCUGGGUUCGUACCGAUGAGCACCAGCUCCGCUGCACCGUCGUCGUACUCGGGCGACUACGCCGGCUUCCAGGUCAAGACGACGGUAUCGACCACGUCGGCGCCGUCGUCCUACUCAGGUGACCAUACUGGCUUUCACGCCAAGACAGCGGCAUCGACAGCGUCGGCGCCGUCGUCGUACUCGACCGACCAGGCUGGGUUUGUCCAGCCGAGCGAGUCGUCCGAGGCUGCCACGCCGUCGUCGUACUCGGGCGAUUACGCUGGUUUCCAGGCCAAGACAGCGGCAUCGACAGCGUCGGUGCCAUCGUCGCACUCGACCGACCAGGCUGGGUUUGCCAAGCCGAGCGAGUCGUCUGAGGCUGCCAUUGAGCCGUCGUCAUACUCGACCGACCAGGCUGGAUUUGUGCCGAUGAGCGCCAGCUCCGCUGCACCGUCGUCGUACUCAGGCGAUUACGCCGGCUUCCAGGCCAAGACAGCGGCAUCGACCAUGUCGGCACCAUCGUCGUACUCGACCGACCAGGCUGGGUUUGCCAAGCCGAGCGAGGCAUCUGAGGCUGCCGCGUCGUCGUCAUACUCGACCGACCAGGCUGGGUUUGCCAAGCUGAGCGAGUCGUCUGAGGCUGCCGCGUCGUCGUCGUACUCGACCGACCAGGCUGGAUUUGUGCCGAUGAGCGCCAGCUCCGCUGUACCGUCGUCGUACUCAGGCGACUACGCCGGUUUCCAGGCCAAAACGACGGCAUCGACAGUGUCGUCGCCAUCGUUGUACUCGACUGACCAGGCUGGUUUUGCCAAGCCGAGCGAGUCGUCCGAGGCUGCCAUUGAGCCGUCGUCAUACUCGACCGACCAGGCUGGGUUUGUGCCGAUGAGCACCAGCUCCGCUCCACCGUCGUCGUACUCAGGCGACUACGCCGGUUUCCAGGCCAAAACGACGGCAUCGACAGUGUCGGCGUCGUCGUCAUACUCGACCGACCAGGCUGGGUUCGCCAAGCCAAGCGAGGCAUCUGAGGCUGCCGCGUCGUCGUCAUACUCGACCGACCAGGCUGGGUUUGCCAAGCUGAGCGAGUCGUCUGAGGCUGCCGCGUCGUCGUCGUACUCGACCGACCAGGCUGGAUUUGUGCCGAUGAGCGCCAGCUCCGCUGUACCGUCGUCGUACUCAGGCGACUACGCCGGUUUCCAGGCCAAAACGACGGCAUCGACAGUGUCGUCGCCAUCGUUGUACUCGACUGACCAGGCUGGUUUUGCCAAGCCGAGCGAGUCGUCCGAGGCUGCCAUUGAGCCGUCGUCAUACUCGACCGACCAGGCUGGGUUUGUGCCGAUGAGCACCAGCUCCGCUCCACCGUCGUCGUACUCAGGCGACUACGCCGGUUUCCAGGCCAAAACGACGGCAUCGACAGUGUCGGCGUCGUCGUCAUACUCGACCGACCAGGCUGGGUUCGCCAAGCCAAGCGAGGCAUCUGAGGCUGCCGCGUCGUCGUCAUACUCGACCGACCAGGCUGGGUUUGCCAAGCUGAGCGAGUCGUCUGAGGCUGCCGCGUCGUCGUCGUACUCGACCGACCAGGCUGGGUUUGUGCCGAUGAGCACCAGCUCCGCUCCACCGUCGUCGUACUCGGGUGACCACGCCGGUUUCCAGGCCAAAACGACGGCAUCGACAGUGUCGUCGCCAUCGUUGUACUCGACCGACCAGGCUGGGUUUGCCAAGCCGAGCGAGUCGUCCGAGGCUGCCAUUGAGCCGUCGUCAUACUCGACCGACCAGGCUGGGUUUGUGCCGAUGAGCACCAGCUCCGCUCCACCGUCGUCGUACUCGGGUGACCACGCCGGUUUCCAGGCCAAGACAGGGGUAUCGACAGUGUCGGCGCUAUCGUUGACGUCGGUGGACAUGGUGCUGGCCGCCAGCUCAGAUCGUGAUGAGCGGUCGGCCACGUCUAAUUAUGGUACCGAUGCAGUUGUCAUCAAGGCGCCGCCGCGUCAACCUGCAUGCGAACCUUCGUCGGAGUGUGUCAAGGUUGGAGAGACACCCACGUUUUCGGAUGAGGCAGAUGUACUGGGGUAUCUUCAGCUGGUGGACAACCAUGUGCGCGGGAUGGAGGCUGCGAUGCAUGGCUCGUCACAGGCUGUGGCCAGCAAAGUGCACGACAUCACCACCAAUGUCCAUGAUGCGGAGAUGAUGAUGACUAGAGCUGACUCGGAUGACGUUGGCCACUUUACUGGUCGCGACAUGAGUGAGAUCCUUGGCACUGAUGGGUCUGACCAGGAGCCCGGAUAUGCUAUGGCCGGGGUAACCGAGCGCGGCACCGCACCUCCCAUCUCAUCUGAUUACGGGACAGAUGUGGUGGCACGGCGUGGCCACGGGCCGGCGGCGACGUCGAAUAUGAUUGGACGCGCGGGAGUGAUCGCUUCACUGGCAGGAGUCAAGUCGAAGGUGACUCGACUGGCACAAGGCAUGGGGGAGGUGUUUGACGACAACGCCAAGCUCGUGGCGGCUCUCGAGGACAACGUGGAUGACCUUGAGGAUAUGAAGGCUGACGCGGAGGCGCUUGUGGCAGCGGAGGCCGAGGCUUCGAUUGCGUUAGCACUCCAAGCAGCGCAGGAGCGACUUGCAGCGAAGUCCAGCAGCUACGACACAGAUGCUACCGGAUUCCAGGCGAAGGACAUGGGGUCAGGUGCAUCGUCGUCGUACUCUGGCGACUAUGCCGGUUUUCAGGCCAAGACAGCGGCAUCGACAGCGUCGCUGCCAUCGUCGCACUCGACCGACCAGGCUGGGUUUGUGCCGAUGAGCACCAGCUCCGCUGCACCGUCGUCGUACUCGGGCGACUAUGCUGGUUUCCAGGCCAAGACAGCAGCAUCGACCAUGUCGGCACCAUCGUCGUACUCGACCGACCAGGCUGGGUUUGUCCAGCCGAGCGAGUCGUCCGAGGCUGCCACGCCGUCGUCGUACUCGGGCGAUUACGCUGGUUUCCAGGCCAAGACAGCGGCAUCGACAGCGUCGGUGCCAUCGUCGCACUCGACCGACCAGGCUGGGUUUGUGCCGAUGAGCACCAGCUCCGCUGCACCGUCGUCGUACUCGGGCGACUACGCCGGUUUCCAGGCCAAGACGGCGGCAUCGACAGUGUCGGCGUCGUCGUCAUACUCGACCGACCAGGCUGGGUUCGCCAAGCCGAGCGAGGCGUCCGAGGCUGCCGUGCCAUCGUCGUACUCGACCGAACAGGCUGGGUUCGUACCGAUGAGCACCAGCUCCGCUGCACCGUCGUCGUACUCGGGCGACUACGCCGGCUUCCAGGUCAAGACGACGGUAUCGACCACGUCGGCGCCGUCGUCCUACUCAGGUGACCAUACUGGCUUUCACGCCAAGACAGCGGCAUCGACAGCGUCGGCGCCGUCGUCGUACUCGACCGACCAGGCUGGGUUUGUCCAGCCGAGCGAGUCGUCCGAGGCUGCCACGCCGUCGUCGUACUCGGGCGAUUACGCUGGUUUCCAGGCCAAGACAGCGGCAUCGACAGCGUCGGUGCCAUCGUCGCACUCGACCGACCAGGCUGGGUUUGUGCCGAUGAGCACCAGCUCCGCUGCACCGUCGUCGUACUCGGGCGACUAUGCUGGUUUCCAGGCCAAGACAGCAGCAUCGACAGCGUCGGCGCCGUCGUCGUACUCGACCGACCAGGCUGGGUUUGUGCCGAUGAGCACCAGCUCCGCUGCAUCGUCGUCGUACUCGGGUGACCACGCCGGUUUCCAGGCCAAGACAGCGGCAUCGACCAUGUCGGCACCAUCGUCGUACUCGACCGACCAGGCUGGGUUUGUCCAGCCGAGCGAGUCGUCCGAGGCUGCCACGCCGUCGUCGUACUCGGGCGAUUACGCUGGUUUCCAGGCCAAGACAGCGGCAUCGACAGCGUCGGUGCCAUCGUCGCACUCGACCGACCAGGCUGGGUUUGUGCCGAUGAGCACCAGCUCCGCUGCACCGUCGUCGUACUCGGGCGACUACGCCGGUUUCCAGGCCAAGACGGCGGCAUCGACAGUGUCGGCGUCGUCGUCAUACUCGACCGACCAGGCUGGGUUCGCCAAGCCGAGCGAGGCGUCCGAGGCUGCCGCGCCAUCGUCGUACUCGACCGAACAGGCUGGGUUCGUACCGAUGAGCACCAGCUCCGCUGCACCGUCGUCGUACUCGGGCGACUACGCCGGCUUCCAGGUCAAGACGACGGUAUCGACCACGUCGGCGCCGUCGUCCUACUCAGGUGACCAUACUGGCUUUCACGCCAAGACAGCGGCAUCGACAGCGUCGGCGCCGUCGUCGUACUCGACCGACCAGGCUGGGUUUGUCCAGCCGAGCGAGUCGUCCGAGGCUGCCACGCCGUCGUCGUACUCGGGCGAUUACGCUGGUUUCCAGGCCAAGACAGCGGCAUCGACAGCGUCGGUGCCAUCGUCGCACUCGACCGACCAGGCUGGGUUUGUGCCGAUGAGCACCAGCUCCGCUGCACCGUCGUCGUACUCGGGCGACUAUGCUGGUUUCCAGGCCAAGACAGCGGCAUCGACAGUGUCGGCACCAUCGUCGUACUCGACCGACCCGGCUGGGUUCGCCAAGCCGAGCGAGUCGUCUGAGGCUGCCAUUGAGCCGUCGUCAUACUCGACCGACCAGGCUGGAUUUGUGCCGAUGAGCGCCAGCUCCGCUGCACCGUCGUCGUACUCAGGCGAUUACGCCGGCUUCCAGGCCAAGACAGCGGCAUCGACCAUGUCGGCACCAUCGUCGUACUCGACCGACCAGACUGGGUUUGCCAAGCCGAGCGAGGCAUCUGAGGCUGCCGCGUCGUCGUCAUACUCGACCGACCAGGCUGGGUUUGCCAAGCCGAGCGAGUCGUCUGAGGCUGCCGCGUCGUCGUCGUACUCGACCGACCAAGCUGGGUUUGCCAAGCCGAGCGAGUCGUCCGAGGCUGCCGCGCCGUCGUCGUACUCGACCGACCACACUGGGUUCGCCAAGCCGAGCGAGGCAUCUGAGGCUGCCGCGUCGUCGUCAUACUCGACCGACCAGGCUGGGUUUGCCAAGCCGAGCGAGUCGUCUGAGGCUGCCGCGUCGUCGUCGUACUCGACCGACCAGGCUGGGUUUGUGCCGAUGAGCACCAGCUCCGCCGCACCGUCGUCAUACUCGGGUGACCACGCCGGUUUCCAGGCCAAGACAGCGGCAUCGACCAUGUCGGCACCAUCGUCGUACUCGACCGACCAGGCUGGGUUUGCCAAGCCGAGCGAGUCGUCUGAGGCUGCCGCGUCGUCGUCGUACUCGACCGACCAGGCUGGGUUUGUGCCGAUGAGCACCAGCUCCGCCGCACCGUCGUCAUACUCGGGUGACCACGCCGGUUUCCAGGCCAAGACAGCGGCAUCGACCAUGUCGGCACCAUCGUCGUACUCGACCGACCAGACUGGGUUCGCCAAGCCGAGCGAGUCGUCUGAGGCUGCCGCGUCGUCGUCGUACUCGACCGACCAGGCUGGGUUUGCCAAGCCGAGCGAGUCGUCUGAGGUUGCCGUUCAGCCGUCGUCGUACUCGACGGAUGGAGCUGUAUUUGCCAAGCCCAGCCAGCCCACCGUCAUGUCAUUCUCACACUCGACAUACGUCACUGACGGCUCAUGUCUUGACGAAGCGAGCAGCGAAGGAUAUAGCUCAAGCUACAGUGUCGACUUUGGUGCGUUCUCCGAGCUGACCUAUUCGUCUGACUCGAAUUCCAGGUCUGGCUCUGAUUUACUCCCGGUCGAGACGUUAUCCGAGUACGGAACCGAUGCAGUUGCACGUGUUGCCCCAGCUCUGACAACACCGUCACAACACAGCGAUGGUGCUGGAACUCUGAUCCAUCCCUUCCAGCCGCAGUCGUCCUACUCGGCGGAUGCUGCUGGCUUCCAUGCUCGCUCCGGGACUAAUGGGACCGAGACACAGCCGUCUUCCUACUCUACGGAUGGCGCUGGCUUCAAGGGCCGGUCUGGCGAGUCGCGACCGUCGUCCUACUCUACGGAUGGUGCCGGGUUCAAGGGUCACUCCGGCGAGUCGCAGCCGUCGUCCUACUCUACGGAUGCUGCUGGCUUCCAUGUCCGCUCCGGGGCUGCUGGGACCGAGUCGCAGCCGUCGUCCUACUCUACGGAUGGUACCGGGUUCAAGGGUCACUCCGGCGAGUCGCAGCCGUCGUCCUACUCGAAUGAUGCUGCUGGCUUCCAUGCGCGCUCCGGGAUUGCUGGGACCGAGUCGCAGCCGUCGUCCUACUCUACGGAUGGCGCUGGCUUCAAGGGCCGGUCUGGCGAGUCGCGACCGUCGUCCUACUCUACGGAUGGUGCCGGGUUCAAGGGUCACUCCGGCGAGUCGCAGCCGUCGUCCUACUCUACGGAUGCUGCUGGCUUCCAUCCCCGCUCCGGGAUUGCUGGGACCGAGUCGCAGCCGUCGUCCUACUCUACGGAUGGUACCGGAUUCAAGGGUCGGUCUGGCGAGUCGCAGCCGUCGUCCUACUCUACGGAUGGCGCUGGCUUCAAGGGCCGGUCUGGCGAGUCGCGACCGUCGUCCUACUCUACCGAUGGUGCUGGGUUCAAGGGCCACUCCGACGAGUCGCAGCGGUCGUCCUACUCUACGGAUGCUGCUGGCUUCCAUCCCCGCUCCGGGGCUGCUGGGACCGAGUCGCAGCCGUCGUCCUACUCUACGGAUGGUGCCGGGUUCAAGGGCUACUCCGGCGAGUCGCAGCCGUCUUCAUACUCUACCGAUGGCGCCGGGUUCAAGGGCCACUCCGACGAGUCGCAGCCGUCGUCCUACUCUACGGAUGCUGCUGGCUUCCAUCCCCGCUCCGGGGCUGCUGGGACCGAGUCGCAGCCGUCGUCCUACUCUACGGAUGGUGCCGGGUUCAAGGGCUACUCCGGCGAGUCGCAGCCGUCGUCCUACUCUGCGGAUGGCGCCGGGUUCAAGGGCCGGUCUGGCGAGUCGCAGCCGUCGUCCUACUCUACGGAUGGUACCGGGUUCAAGGGUCACUCCGACGAGUCGCAGCGGUCGUCCUACUCUACGGAUGCUGCUGGCUUCCAUGCCCGCUCCGGGACUGCUGGGAUCGAGUCGCAGCCGUCGUCCUACUCUAUCGAUGGCGCCGGGUUCAAGGGCCACUCCGACGAGUCGCGACCGUCGUCCUACUCUAUGGAUGCUGCUGGCUUCCAUGCCCGCUCCGGGACUGCUGGGACCGAGUCGCAGCCGUCGUCCUACUCUACGGAUGGUACCGGAUUCAAGGGCCGGUCUGGCGAGUCGCAGCCGUCGUCCUACUCUACGGAUGGUACCGGGUUCAAGGGCCGGUCUGGGGAGUCGCAGCCGUCGUCCUACUCUACGGAUGGUGCUGGCUUCAAGGCCCGGUCCGGCGAGUCGCAGCCGUCGUCCUACUCUACGGAUGGUGCCGGGUUCAAGGCCCGGUCCGGGGCUGCUGGGAUCGAGUCGCAGCCGUCGUCCUACUCUACCGAUGGCGCCGGGUUCAAGGGUCACUCCGACGAGUCGCAGUCGUCGUCCUACUCGAAUGAUGGUGCUGGCUUCCAUUCGCAGCCGUCGUCCUACUCGAAUGAUGCUGCUGGCUUCCAUGCCCGCUCCGGGACUGCUGGGACCGAGUCGCAGCGGUCGUCCUACUCUACGGAUGGUACCGGAUUCAAGGGCCGGUCUGGCGAGUCGCAGCCGUCGUCCUACUCGAAUGAUGCUGCUGGCUUCCAUGCCCGCUCCGGGACUGCUGGGAUCGAGUCGCAGCCGUCGUCCUACUCUACGGAUGGUACCGGGUUCAAGGGUCGGUCUGGCGAGUCGCAGCCGUCGUCCUACUCUACGGAUGGUACCGGGUUCAAGGGCCGGUCUGGGGAGUCGCAGCCGUCUUCAUACUCUACGGAUGGUGCCGGGUUCAAGGGUCACACCGGCGAGUCGCAGCGGUCGUCCUACUCGAAUGAUGCUGCUGGCUUCCAUUCCCGCUCCGGGGCUGCUGGGACCGAGUCGCAGCCGUCGUCCUACUCUACGGAUGGUGCCGGGUUCAAGGGCUACUCCGGCGAGUCGCAGCCGUCUUCAUACUCUACCGAUGGCGCCGGGUUCAAGGGCCGGUCCGGCGAGUCGCAGCCGUCGUCCUACUCUACGGAUGGCGCCGGGUUCAAGGGCCGGUCCGACGAGUCGCGACCGUCGUCCUACUCUACGGAUGCUGCUGGCUUCCAUGCCCGCUCCGGGACUGCUGGGAUCGAGUCGCAGCCGUCGUCCUACUCUACGGAUGGUGCCGGGUUCAAGGGCCGGUCCGACGAGUCGCGACCGUCGUCCUACUCUACGGAUGCUGCUGGCUUCCAUGCCCGCUCCGGGACUGCUGGGAUCGAGUCGCAGCCGUCGUCCUACUCUACGGAUGGUACCGGGUUCAAGGGUCACUCCGACGAGUCGCAGCGGUCGUCCUACUCUACGGAUGCUGCUGGCUUCCAUCCCCGCUCCGGGAUUGCUGGGACUGAGUCGCAGCCGUCGUCCUACUCUACGGAUGGUGCCGGGUUCAAGGGCUACUCCGGCGAGUCGCAGCCGUCUUCAUACUCUACCGAUGGCGCCGGGUUCAAGGGCCGGUCCGGCGAGUCGCAGCCGUCGUCCUACUCUACGGAUGGCGCCGGGUUCAAGGGUCGGUCUGGCGAGUCGCAGCCGUCGUCCUACUCUACGGAUGGCGCUGGCUUCAAGGGUCACUCCGACGAGUCGCAGCGGUCGUCCUACUCUACGGAUGCUGCUGGCUUCCAUCCCCGCUCCGGGAUUGCUGGGACCGAGUCGCAGCCGUCGUCCUACUCUACGGAUGGUACCGGAUUCAAGGGUCGGUCUGGCGAGUCGCAGCCGUCGUCCUACUCUACGGAUGGCGCUGGCUUCAAGGGCCGGUCUGGCGAGUCGCGACCGUCGUCCUACUCUACGGACGGUGCCGGGUUCAAGGGUCACUCCGACGAGUCGCGACAGUCGUCCUACUCUACGGAUGCUGCUGGCUUCCAUCCCCGCUCCGGGGCUGCUGGGAUCGAGUCGCAGCCGUCUUCAUACUCUACGGAUGGCGCCGGGUUCAAGGGCCACUCCGACGAGUCGCAGCGGUCGUCCUACUCUACGGAUGCUGCUGGCUUCCAUCCCCGCUCCGGGGCUGCUGGGACCGAGUCGCAGCCGUCGUCCUACUCUACGGAUGGUACCGGGUUCAAGGGCCGGUCUGGCGAGACACAGCCGUCGUCCUACUCUACGGAUGGUGCUGGCUUCAAGGCCCGGUCCGGCGAGUCGCAGCCGUCGUCCUACUCUAUCGAUGGCGCCGGGUUCAAGGGCCACUCCGACGAGUCGCAGCGGUCGUCCUACUCUACGGAUGCUGCUGGCUUCCAUCCCUGCUCCGGGGCUGCUGGGACCGAGUCGCAGCCGUCGUCCUACUCUACGGAUGCUGCUGGCUUCCAUCCCCGCUCCGGGGCUGCUGGGAUCGAGUCGCAGCCGUCUUCAUACUCUACGGAUGGGCCGUCCGGGGCUGCUGGGAUCGAGUCGCAGCCGUCUUCAUACUCUACGGAUGGCGCUGGCUUCAAGGGCCGGUCUGGCGAGUCGCAGCCGUCGUCCUACUCUACGGACGGUGCCGGGUUCAAGGGCCACUCCGACGAGUCGCAGCGGUCGUCCUACUCUACGGAUGCUGCUGGCUUCCAUCCCCGCUCCGGGAUUGCUGGGACCGAGUCGCAGCGGUCGUCCUACUCUACGGAUGGUACCGGAUUCAAGGGCCGGUCUGGCGAGUCGCAGCCGUCGUCCUACUCUACGGAUGGUACCGGGUUCAAGGGUCACUCCGACGAGUCGCAGCGGUCGUCCUACUCUACGGAUGGUGCUGGCUUCCAUGCCCGCUCCGGGACUGCUGGGAUCGAGUCGCAGCCGUCGUCCUACUCUACCGAUGGUGCUGGGUUCAAGGGCCACUCCGACGAGUCGCAGCGGUCGUCCUACUCUACGGAUGCUGCUGGCUUCAAGGGCCGGUCUGGCGAGUCGCGACCGUCGUCCUACUCUACGGAUGGUGCCGGGUUCAAGGGCUACUCCGGCGAGUCGCAGCCGUCGUCCUACUCGAAUGAUGCUGCUGGCUUCCAUUCCCGCUCCGGGGCUGCUGGGACCGAGUCGCAGCCGUCGUCCUACUCGAAGGACGCCGCCGGAUUCAAGCCGCGCUCGUCGUCGACGCGCUCGUCAUCCACGCGCUCGUCGUCGGAGCACGAGCCAUCGCCGUCGUCCUACUCUAAGGACGCCGCUGGAUUCAAGCCGCGCUCGUCAUCCAUGCGCUCGUCGUCGGAGCACGAGCCAUCGCCGUCGUCCUACUCGAAGGACGCCGCCGGAUUCAAGCCGCGCUCGUCAUCCACGCGCUCGUCGUCGGAGCACGAGCCUUCGCCGUCGUCCUACUCGAAGGACGCCGCCGGAUUCAAGCCGCGCUCGUCGUCGACGCGCUCGUCAUCCACGCGCUCGUCGUCGGAGCACGAGCCAUCGCCGUCGUCCUACUCUAAGGACGCCGCUGGAUUCAAGCCGCGCUCGUCAUCCAUGCGCUCGUCGUCGGAGCACGAGCCAUCGCCGUCGUCCUACUCGAAGGACGCCGCCGGAUUCAAGCCGCGCUCGUCAUCCACGCGCUCGUCGUCGGAGCACGAGCCAUCGCCGUCGUCCUACUCUAAGGACGCCGCUGGAUUCAAGCCGCGCUCGUCGUCGACGCGCUCGUCAUCCACGCGCUCGUCGUCGGAGCACGAGCCAUCGCCGUCGUCCUACUCUAAGGACGCCGCUGGAUUCAAGCCGCGCUCGUCAUCCAUGCGCUCGUCGUCGGGGCACGAGCCAUCGCCGUCGUCCUACUCUAAGGACGCCGCUGGAUUCAAGCCGCGCUCGUCAUCCAUGCGCUCGUCGUCGGGGCACGAGCCAUCGCCGUCGUCCUACUCGAAGGACGCCGCCGGAUUCAAGCCGCGACGCCGCCGGAUUCAAGCCGCGCUCGUCAUCCAUGCGCUCGUCGUCGGGGCACGAGCCAUCGCCGUCGUCCUACUCGAAGGACGCCGCCGGAUUCAAGCCGCGCUCGUCGUCGACGCGCUCGUCAUUGUCUCCGACGUCUGAACUCUCCUUUUACGCUGGCACGGACAGCGUUGCCUACCGUUCACGUCCUACUCGGAUGUUGUCCCCUUCUUCUCCUACAUCCGCGUCGUCCUCGUCGUCGAGUUUGUACUCAAGUUCGAGCUCGUACACCGAGUCAGAGGCCGACUCUCCGUUCGAGGCGUCGCACUACGGCUCGGAUGUCAUCGCGCGCAAGCCGCCACCGUCGUCUCCGCGAGGAUUGACUGGUGAUGAUCACGACAGCUCGAUGUCACUUUACACCACUGAUGCGGUCGCUCUCCGCCGUCCGCAGCGACGCCUUUCUCCCGAGUCGACCGUAUCAGACGAAUCAUCUUGCUACCAGCCUGAAUCUGUGGCUUUCCGCCGCCGUGUACCGCAUGCCGAUGCAGAGCUCUCUGAUGGCAACAACGGCGUUGAUGGUGCUGCCCUUCCAGGCUCGACAGCUGACCUCGACUGUGUUGUCGCGAGCGAAUCUGACGAAGAGUCUACGUUUGCUCCCCUGACACCGCCCCCCCGACGCCCGUCGCGUCUCCGCCGGCAUCGCCACGAGCCCGCAAAGAUUCCAGAGGCGUACCUCGAGGUUCCAGACGUGGUGUUUGUGAAGCCUGCCCCGGUAACCUCGUCCAGGCACUUGAAAGACCAGGAAGCCGGCCAGAGAAAGCCAGUGCAUGCUCCGCCUUUGGCCGCCACCCACCCGCUUGCUCACGGGCCACUCCUUCAUGCGCCGGCUUCGCCGCACUUGUACCCACCGGCUACGCUGCAUCCGUCUCCUCAUGCUCAUGUGGCGCACGUACCGCCGAUGGUGAUGACUCCGAACCCAGCUUCACUCCCAACCCGCCCGCUGCGGCGAACCCGCCCUGGGCGGCGUCUGCCGCGGGACAUCGUCGCAGUCGACGCUCCCGUCGACGCUGCGACAGAGCCUGUUGGCGUCCCUGCGGCGUUGCCGUCCCAAUCCGAACUGGAUCCUCUCAUCGAGGCGGAUGCCCCUCAGCGCACAUCCCGUCGAUUUGCCGAUUUGCAGUCAGCCAACGUCACUCGCCGCCGCUCAGCGCGCCGCCGUGUGCCGCGCGACGAAUUGGCCGCCAGUGACGCGGACGUCAUCGAGGUGAGUGAUUCGCUCACUGAGCCUGCCUGUGUCGCUGCUACUACCGAAACGCGCACCCAUACUGAAGCUGUUGGUGCUGUAACCGUGCCUACGACGCGACUCCGCCGUCCGCGCGAUGUCCCGGUCGUGGACGACGCCACAGACGUCGUCGGCGCUGUUGCCGACGAGGCAAGCAUUUUGGGCGUCCAUCAGGACGCGGCCGUAGUUGUGCCCCAUGCCCAUGCCCCAGUGGCUCGUUUUGCUUCCGCUUUUGUACCGGCGACGCAGCCGCGCCGCCGCCCGCGCGACGAACCGACUCAUGACUUUGAAGAGACGCUUUCUGUGGCCUCGUCGCAGUCGGGCAUCUUUGCCGCCAGCUCCCCGCUGCACGCCACCCUGCGUCGGCGGCCAGUCGACGAGCCGACAGGCCAGCAUGAGACCUCGUUUUCGGUCUCUGUCGCGGCUGGCAGCGCCAAGGUCGUAGUGGGUGAUGUCGCGUCGUCACAGACUGUGUCGGCCAGACGCCGGCGCCGGCCGCGCAUCGACCAGUUUUCAUCGCCAGCCGACGAUGUUAUCUCGCUCUCGUCAUCCAUGACGAUUACGUUUACCGAAUGAAUGUGCACAGAGCAGCUACUCGUUGUGGGCAAAAGGGCCCGUGACAUAGGCAACAGCGCUGGCCAGGUCGUCAUCUUCGUACACAUAGUCGGUCUCAUCGUCGGCGGCAAGUGAUGACGACGCGUCGGUCUCCUCCUGCUCGACAGGCAGCGAGGCACCGGGCGGUGCGGUUGCCAGAAACUCCGAGACGGCAGCAGAGUCAAAGAAGGCCUCGAUCUGAGCACAGAGAUAGAGGUAGACGAAGCGAUACUGGUCAGCGUUCUGGACCAUAAACGGUCUGUGCUGCCGCA